AUGAAAGGCGCUUCUUUUCCGACACAGAGGCAAUGGGCCUCGGACACCAUUCCCGCCACCUUUAGUUCAACGUCCUCGCCUGGGACUGAGCAGUUCGUGGAGGUCACUCUCGAUCUCCAAGACGAUGACACCAUUAUCCUCCGCAAUGUGGAGCUGGCCUCAUCUGCCAUCACCGUUGAUGAUGGAGCCUAUACUUCGGCCUCCACUUCACGAUCCCCGACCAUCAGGAAGAGCUCCUCCAAUACAUUGAGACAAUUUUCACAAGGACGAAAAGUCGAAGCCGUUGCUAAAGCCAAGCAGUUCUCGCAACAGUUGAAAGCCGAGCUACGCAAGUUAUCAUGGGGCCACGGACACGCAGCUCUGACUCUACCCGGAUCCGACUCUGCUACAGCGACUCGAGCUUUAAGAAAGCAGCGAGCUCAACUUGACCGGAUUCGCUCCGGCGCUCAAAAAGCUCUUCGCGGAUUAAGAUUCAUAACCAACAAUGAAGCCAAUGCAUGGGAAGAAGUUGAAAACAAUUUCAAAAAACUCGCUAAACACGGCUCUCUUUUUCGCUCCGAUUUCGCACAAUGCAUAGGAAUGAAGGACUCGAAGGAAUUUGCGCAGGAGAUGUUCGACGCAUUGAGUAGACAAAGGAGAUUAAAAGUUGAAAAAAUUAGCAAAGAUGAGCUUUACGAGUAUUGGUCCCAAAUCACUGACCAAAGUUUUGAUUCUCGCCUCCAGAUCUUCUUCGACAUGGUGGACAAAAAUGAAGAUGGUAGGAUCACUGAGGCUGAAGUAAAAGAGAUUCUGAUGCUAAGUGCUUCGGCAAACAAGCUAUCGAGAUUGAAAGAGCAGGCGGAGGAAUAUGCAGCUCUGAUCAUGGAAGAGUUGGACCAUGAAAGAUUUGGAUAUAUCGAGCUAUGGCAAUUGGAGACACUUCUCUUGCAAAAGGACACCUACCAGAGCUAUAGUCAAGCCCUAAGCUACACAAGCCAAGCCCUUAGCCAAAACUUACAAGGACUAACAAAGAAGAGCAGAGUCAGGAGAAUGAUUAAGAAACUUUUAUACUAUUUAGAAGAAAACUGGAAGAGGCUAUGGGUGGUGUCAUUAUGGAUUAUGAUUAUGACAGGGCUCUUUACUUGGAAGUUCUUUCAAUACAAACAGAAGAAUUCUUUUCAGGUUAUGGGUUACUGUCUCCUCACAGCCAAGGGGGCAGCUGAGACCCUCAAGUUUAACAUGGCUCUUAUCCUCUUACCCGUCUGCAGAAACACCAUUACUUGGCUCAGGUCCACCAAGCUGGGUCUUUUCCUGCCUUUUGACGACAAUAUCAACUUUCACGAGACAAUAGCUGCAGCCAUUACUAUUGGAGUCAUUCUCCAUGCUGGUAACCAUCUUGCCUGUGAUUUUCCUAUGCUUAUCAAGUCCUCUAGUGAUCACUAUGAUCUACUAAUCAAUGACUUUGGAAGUCAUAAACCAACCUACUUAGACCUGGUAAAAGGGGUUGAAGGAGUGACUGGAAUUUUAAUGAUUAUCUGCAUGGCAAUUGCAUUUAUACUGGCAACAAGAUGGUUUAGGCGGAACCUGAUUAAGCUGCCCAAGCCCUUUGAUAGAAUCACUGGUUUCAAUGCUUUCUGGUACUCACAUCACCUGUUUAUCGUUGUCUACAUCUUGCUUGUCAUCCAUGGCGUAUUUCUUUAUCUUGUGCACAUAUGGUACCGUAAGACGACUUGGAUGUACCUAGCUGUUCCAAUUUUGUUGUACGCUGGAGAAAGGACACUUAGAUUUUUCCGUUCUGGGUUCUAUACUGUCCGGCUUUCGAAGGUAAGCAUAACACUAUCAACUAUGAUUCCCUCUAAACCUAGGGUGCUUUUGAAAUUUGACUGAUGGUCUUUUUUGAUUCGGUACAAAAGUGGACAGUACAUGUUUGUCCAAUGCCCUGCUGUCUCUCCCUUUGAAUGGCAUCCAUUUUCCAUCACGUCUGCUCCUGGUGAUGACUACCUUAGUGUUCAUAUCCGCCAGCUAGGUGACUGGACACAAGAGCUCAAACGGCUAUUCUCAGAGGUUUGUGAACCUCCUGUGUCUGGGAAAAGUGGGCUUCUUAGGGCUGAUGACAUCACUAAGAAAGGCUUGCCAAAGCUCUUAAUAGAUGGGCCGUAUGGUGCCCCGGCACAAGAUUAUUGGAAGUAUGAUGUCCUAUUACUUGUGGGCCUUGGAAUUGCUGCAACACCAUUCAUUAGCAUCCUAAAAGAUCUGCUUCACAACAUUGUGAAAAUGGAGGAGCAGGCAGAUUUGGUGUCAGAUUCGAGUAGGACAUCAGAGCUGAGCAGUGGGAGCAAUGAUUCAGGCAAUCCCAACAGAGUUCCACCAAAACGAAAGAAAACACUUCAGACGACCAAUGCUUACUUUUAUUGGGUAACCAGGGAACAAGGCUCAUUUGAUUGGUUCAAAGGAGUCAUGAAUGAAGUUGCAGAACUUGAUCAAAGGGGUGUAAUUGAAAUGCACAACUAUUUGACCAGCGUGUACGAGGAAGGAGAUGCACGAUCAGCUCUCAUCACCAUGGUCCAAGCACUAAAUCAAGCCAAGAAUGGAGUUGACAUCGUUUCCGGCACGAGGGUUCGGACUCAUUUUGCAAGGCCUAAAUGGAAGAACGUUCUCUCUAAACUAAGUUCCAAGCACUGCAACGCAAGGAUAGGAGUGUUUUACUGCGGGGCACCCGUUUUGGCUAAACAACUCAGCAAACUCUGCUAUGAGUUCAACCAAAAAGGUUCCACUAAAUUUGAAUUCCAUAAGGAGCAUUUCUAACACUAUUAUCAUCCUUCACCAUUCAUAGUCCUAAUAAAUUACAAUAAUUAGGCAAGACAC